UACAAGUUGUAAAGCAUUCACUCUAAUUUAACCCAAAGCUCAUACCGCUUUUGCAUUUAAAACAUUUGUGUGCUAGUUUUGUUUUGUGUUUUCUGGUUUAUUAACAAUGCAACCGCGAACCACCAUCCAAGUUGUGCAUUUUUUUCUAAUCAGUUCGAUUUACCAUGCAAUUUGUGGUUUACCGACCGCCGAUGACGACACCAAUAUAAUCGAUCUAUCGACAUAUGGAUUAAAAUUUGCACAUCCCGAUGCAAAAACAGGCGAAGCGGUAAAAAAUUGGAAACCAACCGAUGAAUCGAAUCCCGAAGAGCUCGGCUCGUAUUUAGAGGGUGAUAUUUUAUUCCCAAUGAAUCACUCGACCAAUUCACGAAACGGUAUGGUUGGUCAAUCGUAUCGUUGGUCAAACGCUGUAAUUCCCUAUGAGAUUGCUGGCUCAUUUGAUCCACGUUCAUUGAACACCAUUGAAAAUGCGAUGAAUGUCUAUCACAAGCAAACCUGCAUAAAAUUUCAACGUAGAAGUGCCAAGGAUCGUGAUUACAUCACAAUACAAAAUUCAGCAAAUGGCUGCUGGUCCAGUGUGGGCAGAGUUGGUGGCCAACAAACGGUGAAUUUACAAUCACCCGCAUGCACAACAAAGGUGGGAACAGUUUUACAUGAAUUUAUGCACACAGCUGGUUUUUUACAUGAACAAAAUCGUGAGGAACGUGACAGCUACAUUGACGUUAUUUAUCCAAAUAUAAUGCGAGGAUACGAAGGGAAUUUCAUAAAAGCACAAAAAGGCACUACGUCCGGCCAAGGAGUGGGAUAUGACUAUAACAGUGUUAUGCACUAUUCAGCAAAUGCAUUUUCAAACAAUGGACAGCCAACCAUUCGCACAAAGAAUAAAGCGAAUAUUGGACAAAGAGAUGGAUUUUCACAAAAGGAUAUACAAAAACUGAAUAAUAUGUACCAAUGCAAACGAAAAACGUCUAAAAAUGCAACCACAACCGAUUUGAUUAUGGAUAUGCUUGGCGUUGGAUCGAAUUGAAAAUAAAUCUAAAGUAGAAUGAAAUACACUUUAUUCACAAAAAUAUUCCUACAAACUCUAUUUGGCAUCAUCGUAUAUUAAAUUCCAAAUGACAACACAACGAAGAAAGAAAUAAGCACGCAUACACAUAUCC